UUCACAACAUCUGGAUAUUUAAAGAUUCAUCAGAGAGUUCACAGCGGAGAGAAGCCUUACAGCUGUGAUCAAUGUGGGGCAGCUUUCACACUACAGGGUAACCUAAAAAGACAUCAACGCAUUCACACUGAAGAAAAGCCUUACAGCUGUGAUCAAUGUGGGGCAGCUUUCACACAAAAGAGUACCCUAAAAACACAUCAACACAUUCACACUGAAGAAAAGCCUUACAGCUGUGAUCUAUGUGGUAAAACCUUUUCUCAGAGUGGUAGCCUACUAUCUCACCAGCGUGUUCACACUGGAGAGAAGCCUUACAGCUGUGAUCAAUGUGGUAAAACCUUUUCUAGGAGUGGUAACCUUAUAUCUCACCAGGGUGUUCACACUGGAGAGAAGCCUUACUGGUGUGAUCUAUGUGGUAAAACCUUUUCUCAUACUGGUAACCUAGAAAUUCACCAACAUCUUCACUCUGGAGAGAAGCCGUAUCGGUGUGAACAAUGUGGGAAAACUUUUUCUUGGAAUAGUAACCUUACAGAACACCAGCGCGUUCACACUGGAGAGAAGCCGUACUGGUGUGAACAAUGUGGUAAAACGUUUUCUCAGAGUAGGAACCUUAAAACACAUCAACGCAUUCACACUGGAGAGAAGCCGUACAGCUGUGAUCUAUGUGGUAAAACUUUUUCUCAGAGUGGUAACCUUAAAUCUCACCAGCGUGUUCACACUGCCUCUUUGUGAACAUGUUUCAGAGCCAAGCUGUUUCCUCCUGCCUCCUCCUCAUGCCCUGAUAGCUGUGUUGUUAUUUUCUGAUCUUCUCUCCACAUUGAAGGCUGACCAGCAGUAACUUUAUCUUCUGAACAGCAUGGAUGUUAUCCUGGCUAGGACUACACAUUACACUCCCUCCCUUUGAAAGGAUUUAUUCCACUCAAAAUUAUUUUAGUUUUCCUGUAAUAAAAUAUUCUGAGUUCAGAAAUCAACUGCUAGCACUUUUUAACUAAUGCUGCAACAAAGAAGUGUUUCUUGUUCUUAAUUAAUCACCUUGUAAAUACAAUUUACAAAAAUCCCCAUCGCUGUUCACUAAGGUGAUGUCAAGCUCCUGAAAUAUUCAGUUUAUUGUCACUUAAUAUGAUGUUCAUGUGAAAGAAAUGCUAAACAAAGCAACAUGGAAUAACAUUUCACAGAUGAAAAAUGUGUUUUACAAUAUUAUACUUUUACUCAAGUGUUGAAUUUAGUAUCACAAAAGGUAACAUUAAUCCUUCUUUUAAGCUAACAGUAAGUUAAGUGACUGUCCUGAUACUGAAAUGAGCUAAUGCUAGCUUGUGUCAGGUUAUGUAUGUUUUAUUUGAGUGAUUAUUAAUAUCUCAGUAAGAUGCUGAAAACGAUGUUUGUUAUGUGUGUCACUGAACAGUUCCUCACAUAAUUUCCCAUAAACCCCCAUGUGAAAAAAUCCAGACUUUACAUCAGAAAUAAACAUGUUUAGAGCCUGGUUAAAAAAAAUGGUUUUGGUCUAUGAAGCUAAUUUUACACUUCAUAACAACUGUUCAUAUAACUCACCUGUUUAAAUUGUAUUAAAUCACACUCUCAAUAGCUUCAAAAUAUUUUGAAAAAGUUUGGUAAGAAAAUCUGCAAUCUGGGAAGUUUGCGAGCUUUUGGCUAAUUCUGGGAUUUUUAACCAAUGUAUAAUCAUUUGUUUUAUUAAUUUGAUCUGUCCUCUUCUUAAAUAA